AUGAAAAUCUGGUGGUGGGUCCAAAUGUGUGCCGGAAGAGGCACAUGCAAACCUGUACUCAAAGGGAGCAGGUUUCAUUUCAGUUUAAUGACAAACAGAAUAUGUGAAAUGCAAAAGGAUCGAGGAAUAUUUGAAAAAUUAGUACAAGUAGGAAAGUACAAUGUUGAAAAGAAUGGAGAUGAUGAAAAAGACUGCAUAAAUGGUAGUGCAAUGAACAAAGAGAAUUUUAAAAAAUACAGUGAAUAUAUAAAAAAGGAUUAUGACAUGUUAAAAAAAAAGUUACGAGAUGCAAAAGAAAAUUAUUUUAAAGGAAGUUACGAAGAGCACCUAUUCGAUUGUAUACAAAAUAAUGAUUAUAAAGAUUUAAUUAUAGCAGAUGUAAUUUAUGAAAAAGAGAAAAAUGUUUUAUGUAUAGGAGAAGGAAAUCUAUCAUUCAGUACACUGAUCCAAAAAAAUUUAAGUUCAUGUAAAGUAGUUGCUACUUCAAUGGAAAAUGAAAAGACACUAAAAAAAAAUUUUGGAAAUGUCUUUUCCAAAAAUUUAAAAAUCUUAGAAUCACAUGGGGGUAUUUAUGUUCCUGAAAUAAAUGUGGAAACAAUUUAUGAACAGUUCCCAGAAAAUACAUUUGAUGUUAUUAUUUUUAAUUUUCCGUUCGUCCUACCAUCAAAUGAUUUUAUACAAUCCAAGUGGAAGAUACAAAUUGAUAAAUUGAUGGAUGACAAGACCAGUUACAUGAAAUAUUAUAAAAAGUCAGAAUAUUUUUUACUGAAUAAAUUAUUUUAUUGGCUAUUUAAAAAUUCUUCUAUUUUGCUAAAACAUAAUGGAUUCUUACAUGUGCGUGUUAAUGACAAAUAUUUAACAUGUGAUUUUUCCAACACCUUUUCUUUAUCUCUUGUUCAGAAAAUUGAUUUUUCAAAUUCUUACAUGGUUUAUAAAUCUUUGCGCUAUAUCCCAAGUAUGAUGUACAAUUCUUCUUCUUUUCGAAAUGAUAGUUCCAGUUCCAGUUCCAAUUCCAAUUCCAAAAAAAAUGUUAUGUUUACAUCUCACGGGAAGAUUUUUAAAACUUUUAAAAUGGCUCACACGUCAACAUUAAUUUUUCAGAAGGGGACACCUCCCCCCAAGGACGACCAUCGCUAG